AUGGACUCGCACCACGAAUGUCGCAAAUACAUUACCUCUACGCCAAACAACAGCCAAACCAGAAGUCUCAAGCUCCUUGAUCUUCCCCGAGAGAUUAGGGAUCAGAUCUAUGGCUAUCUCUAUCAGCCAGUCCGACUAAGAUGGGAGCUUAACAAGCACGAUGUGCAUUGCGUAGCGAUCGAUGUACACAAGGCCCCAGUCCCAGCCGUGCUUCGAACAUGCACGCGCCUACAAGAAGAAUACCAGGAAUCACGACUACUUCGAAGUCUGGCAGCGACGAUAUCAACUACCCGGGCAACGAACCACGAGACUGCCGCGUUGACUGAUCUGCGGUGUCACGCUGUCGAAGGAUCAAUCAUCAUGCACGCCGAACCAGCCCCAAUUGAGCACGUUGCACAUCUUCUGGCAUCUAUCAAGGACCUUACUGUUCUGGUGAACAACAAGCGAUCCAUGACGGACGAUCCGACGAUAUGGAGCGAAGUGCGAACCCUCGAAUCACUGCUCUCUCCCUUUCACCAGACACUGACCACUGUUCGAGUGGGCAUUCAUCAGUGGCAGGACCCCAAUCCAUUGCAAAUGAAUUCUCGGCGCGAAAUAAAAACCUUUAUGGACCCGGACCUGAGUACCGCCAAGUUCAUGCCUACCCCAAACACGACAUUCGUAGGCAAACCCCUUGUUCAACAAGCAGCUGGCUACCGCCCGCAGCUCGUCCUCCUGCAGCCCCAUCCCUCAAAUCAGAAAGACCUCUUGGAGCGCUUCCAUCGCCACAAAACUGGUCUAUACGUCUACAGCAACGAGUCUCAUUUGCGACUUGUCAAGGACAACUUGUAUUGGAGUGACCAAGAAGCUGUUCAAUCGUUCCCGAUGAUCUGCAGUUGGUUCAAUAUGCAGAGAUCGAUGAGCCUGAAUUUGAGAGAUCGUUUCGAUGCGUACGGGAUUACGGAUGCGUGGAUUCAAACCGAGUAUGGACCAAACGUGAGGAGGAUGUUGGAAUGGCGGGACAAGAGGGGGUCAAACGCUGUUGAAUGGGAGACUUGA